UGGAAACAGGUUGGAGCCUGAGGUGGCUGCAACUCCUGCCAUGGCGCUUGGUUUCCUCUCCUUGAACCUCUCCCACCUGGGCUGGUGGGCUUCUGGGCUGAUCUUGGUCUUGGGCUUCAUCAAAUUCCUCCCCCUGCUGCUGCGGAGGCAGAAGCUGGUCAAGGCUAUGGACAGCUUCCCAGGACCCCCCACUCAUUGGCUCUAUGGGCAUGCGCAUGAGGUCCAGCAGAUGAAGAGCCUGGACAAAGUGAUGUCCUGGGCCAACCAGUUCCCCUGUGCCCACCCACUCUGGUUUGGACAGUUUGUUGGAUUCCUGAACAUUUAUGACCCGGACUAUGCCAAAGCUGUGUACAGUCGUGGGGACCCUAAGGCCCCUGAUGUGUAUGAUUUUUUCCUCCCGUGGAUUGGAAAAGGCCUGCUUGUUCUUGAGGGGCCCAAGUGGUACCAGCACCGCAAGCUACUCACACCUGGCUUCCAUUAUGAUGUGCUGAAGCCCUAUGUGGGCGUGUUUACCAGCUCUGCGCAUGCCAUGCUGGACAAGUGGGAGGAAAAGGCUCGAAAGAAUAAGAGCUUUGACAUCUUCUCCGAUGUGGGCCACAUGGCACUGGACACACUCAUGAAGUGCACCUUUGGCAAAGGAGACAGCGGUCUGGGGCACAGGGACAGGAGCUACUACCUGGCCAUCAGUGACCUCACUAUGCUGAUGCAGCAGCGCAUUGAGCAAUUCCUGUACCACAACGACUUCAUCUACCGGCUCUCCCGACAUGGCCGCCAAUUCCUGAAGGCCUGCCAGGUGGCCCAUGAGCAUACAGACCAGGUCAUCAAGGAGCGGAAGGCAGCCCUGCAGAAUGAGAAAGAGCGGGAGAAGAUCCAGAACCGGAGGCACCUGGACUUCUUGGACAUUCUCCUGGGGGUUCAGGAUGAAAAUGGGACCAAACUAUCAGAUGCAGACCUCCGGGCUGAAGUAGACACGUUCAUGUUUGAAGGCCAUGACACUACCACCAGUGGUAUCUCCUGGUUUCUCUACUGUAUGGCCCAGAACCCUGAGCAUCAGCAUCGCUGCAGGGAGGAGGUCCGUGAGAUCCUGGGGGACCGGGAUUCCUUCCAGUGGGAUGACCUGGGCAAGAUGACUUACCUGACGAUGUGCAUCAAGGAGAGCUUCCGCCUCUUCCCGCCUGUGCCCCAGGUGUACCGCCAGCUCAGCAAGCCGGUUAACUUUGUGGACGGCCGCUCUCUCCCUGCAGGCAGCCUGAUCUCUCUGCACAUCUAUGCUCUCCACAGAAACAGCGCGGUGUGGCCUGACCCUGAGGUCUUUGACCCCCUGCGCUUUUCCCCUGAGAAUGUGGCUGGACGCCACCCCUUCGCCUUCAUGCCCUUCUCUGCGGGGCCCAGGAACUGCAUCGGGCAGCAGUUUGCCAUGAAUGAGAUGAAGGUGGUCACGGCUCUCUGCUUGCUCCGCUUUGAGUUCUCUGUGGACCACUCACGGCUGCCCAUCAAGAUUCCUCAGCUGGUCCUGCGCUCUAUGAAUGGUAUCCACCUCCACCUGAAGUCUCUGAACUCUGGGUCUCAGUUGUAGUUCUGCUGAGAGGAAGGACCCAGAUGACCCACACUGUGCCCUUUCCUUGGCACCACCCUGCCCAGGCUGAAUGUGGAGUGGUUGUGGCUCCGUCUUUGGGUGACUGGUGAGUAGGAUGGGAGCAGGCACUGACAUAGACAGUCACCUGGAGAUCAGUGCCAGGUAAACGUGUGAGUCUGUAAAUGCUCACCGGGCAUGUAUCUUGAGCUCAUUCAUUCACUCAACUCUUUGGUGAGCACCUCCUUAUUUUGAGAAAGAAAGUUCAUUUGCUUCCUACACUUGGCAGUCUUUCUAAAAUGUAGCAGAAACUUACUUCCCCUGUUAGUGUCUCAUAGUGAACCCAGUGGAAGCUUGGCCUUGAGAUUCAUGGUUAUGACCAGUACCACACACAAUACAGAGGGAUGGCUUAGGGAUUGCCUCUUUAUGGAGAUGUGUUCUUAUUUUAACUUUGUGUGUCUGUGUUUGGAAUAUAACUGACAUAAGGAAAAGUUGCCUAAAUAAAGACUACACAAGAUAAUUAUUCUAAAGCAAA